CUCUGGGACCAGUGGGGUUUAUACUGGAGUCCGGCCGCUGCUGUCUGUCUCUCUGCAUACACGACCUCAUCAGUGCAGUUCACGGCCUAAAAUCUGUCCUGUGUUGUGCAUCUCUACCGGCCUAAACCUCAUCAUUGUGUGUUACUAAAGAGAGGAGUCACCAUGAAGGCUUUACUACUGCUGAUGACGGUGAUGGUGGUGACGGCAGCGGUGAAAGAGGAGGAGAGGAGAGUGAGGACCCUCUACAGGAGGUGGAGGAGAUACUGAAGAAGGUAGAGGAGGACAGGUACGGAAUAUGGGCAGUUCUCGUAGUUGGUCUAGUUCCUGGUUCAACUAUCGUCACCAGGCAGAUGUGUGUCACGCCUACCAGAUCUUACAUCAACACGGUGUUGCUGACGACCACAUCAUUGUUAUGAUGUAUGACGACAUCGCCAACAAUUCAAUGAACCCCCACCCUGGUGUGAUCAUCAACCGCCCAGGAGGUCCUAACGUGUAUACUGGCGUCCCUAAGGAUUACACUGGCAAGGACGUCACCCCACAGAACUUCCUGAAGGUGUUGAGAGGAGACGCUGAAGGCCUAAGGGGCGUGGGUUCCGGCAGGGUCCUUCGCAGUGGUCCAAAUGAUAGGGUCUUCAUCAACAUGGUCGACCACGGGGCCCCUGGGAUCUUCGCUUUCCCGGCUGAAUACCUGAGCGCGACUGCCCUGUCCAAUACCUUCCUCAAAAUGCACCAGGAACACAGGUACAGGCAGAUGGUGGUGUACGUCGAAUCGUGUGAGUCCGGGUCACUCUUCCAAAGAAUGUUACCUGAUGAUAUUGAAGUAUACGCAGUAAGUGCCUCCUCACCUAAAGAAUCCUCCUACGCGUGUUAUUUAGACGAUGAACUCGACACCUACCUGGGAGAUGUCUUCAGUAUUAAGUGGAUGGAGGAUACUGACAGGGAGAAUAUACACAGAGAAACACUCAAGAAUCAGUUCCUGUUGGUUCAUCAUGAAGUGACCACGUCUGAUGUCAUGCACUGGGGCCAACUGAAGUUAGCCGGACAGAAACUUUCCCGGUUCCUUGGUAGUAAGAAUAACCCAAUUCUCGACCAUAACAACCCCAUCAACCUCCACAGCAACCACGUCAACCUCCCCAGCAACCACGGCUCCAAAUACAACUCUCGCUACUCCACCUCACCGAACAGAUUCGACCCUUGUGUGAACACGUCAGUCGCCAGUCAUGACGUGCCACUCGCCCUCCUACAGUCCCGUGUACAGAGAGCCAACACAACAACUGAGGCUCAAUACUGGAAGACUCAGUUACACUCCGUUCAGCUGAACCGCGCCUUGGUAAAGACUCUUAUGCACCGACUGAUAGAAGAAGUAGUAAACGACGAGGAGAUGUUGUCCAAGAUCAUCAGGAGGAACCACCAACACGAUAUAACUAGGUGGGACUGCUACCUCGCCUCCGUCAGAAGUUUUCACGCCAGGUGCUUCGAUAUUGCCCAGAACACCUACGCGCUACGGGUGUUGAAGAACUUAGUGAACCUGUGUGAACACGGGUACACAGCCGACCAGGUGGACCAAGCUACCCGGAGUGUGUGUACCCAUCAGGCAUACACAGGCAUAAUCUGAGGCCCCCUGGGAGAUAGUGAGAGAUAGGGGUGAGAUAGUGAGAGGGAGUGGGAGAUAGAGGUGAGAGAGUGAGAGGGAGUGGGAGAUA